AUGGGGCUAAUUCUUGAGCCAAACCCAGCACUUCCGAUUACGUUCAUAGAUCUGAUCCAAACAGGCUUUACGCUAUGCUUUCGAGUACCAUGGGUCGCCGGAUCGACGCUGAUCCGUCGUUGGUGGCCCUGGAACAGGUACAAGCCUCCACCUCUGCGAGAGCACCUGUUCCGGCAUGUGAUGACCUGCCUAGGGAACCACAUUCCACUGUCCGUUAUACAAUGGUACUCAGCCUCCGAUACAAGCGGGACGAACCUCAAGCAAUCCGUACGGUACGGACAUAUCCAACACCUUUUUGAGCCGGUUCGGAAGCCCAAGUUCAACGGUAAUUGGAUAUGUCGUGGUUUGUUUAAGAAGGCCAUCGAGCCUCGCAAUGUAGAUAUCGUGCUCUUCCACGUCCAUGGUGGUGGAUAUGCUGUGGGCCAUCCAUGCGUCAGUGCCCCGGAGCACGUCCUACUCGCCGAGAUCCUCGAAAGACACAAAAUCACCACGGCAAUUUUCUCGCUGGACUAUACUCUGACCCCUAGAGGGGCGUUCCCAAAGCAGCGUGACGAGGCGAUGGCAGCUUAUGAUUGGCUUUGCGGAGACAUGGGCGUUGAUCCGUCAAGGAUUGUUGUUCUUGGCGAGUCAGCUGGGGCGCAUCUCAUAUUAUCACUCCUCGUUGGAAUCUAUGAGAAACGAAGUCAAAACCCAAUCCUAGAAGCGGAUUCCAAGGAUUUGCGCCCAGCGGCCGCCGUCCUGGUAAGUCCAUGGAUUAACCUGCACACGUCGCACCCCCGCGUCUUAGAGCUCCACUGGGAAGAGAGACUAUUCAAGCGCUCGCUUGACACAUAUUGCAAGUGGAUUCUGCGCGACGCUACUCCCAAGAACGACCUGCUCUACGGCAAUUUUGCCAUUGGCCGGGAGGCCCGCGGAUCAUGGGCAGACAUACUCCCCCCUCGUUCGUGGAUUACAGCCGGCGCUGAUGAGCUUGUCUUCCGAUUCGACAUUGAGGAUUUUGUGGAGCAGGCUAAGGCCGACGGAGCUGAUGUUGUGUUUGAAGUUACGCCGGGGAAGAGUCAUGCUUGGCAGUGCGCAGAAGCCUUCGGGCAGCAGGAUCGGUUGCUGGACCUGCCAUUGAGUGAGGAACUGCCCGAUGACUUGAUGGAGGGAUACAGAGAGCUGGCGGAGAACUUACUGAAAGUGAUAUCAUCCAUGCUGUCUGUGUAA